GAGCGGGCUGUCGCCAUGGGCAACGCGGCGAUGUGUAAAGUGUGCGGGUCGGAGAAGGGGUUGACAGCUAGCGGGAGCCAGUGGAACCUGGAGCAGGCUCCCACUGACUACUACUGCCAGCAGCACCUUCCUGAGCGCCCCGCGGCCGACAGACCCCCAACUCCUCCGUCGGACAGCAACACCAGCUUCCUGCGGGCAGCCAGGGCAGGGAACAUCGACAAGGUUCUGGAAUAUCUGAAAGGAGGAGUGGACAUCGGCACCUGCAAUCAGAAUGGGCUCAACGCUUUGCACCUGGCUGCUAAGGAGGGCCAUGUGGAGCUGGUUCAGGAGUUGCUGGAGAGAGGCUCCGCCGUAGACUCAGCUACCAAGAAAGGAAACACAGCCCUUCACAUCGCCUCUCUGGCGGGGCAGGGUGAGGUGGUGAAGAUCCUGGUCAAGCGAGGGGCUGACAUCAACUCCCAGUCUCAGAAUGGCUUCACGCCGCUGUACAUGGCGGCCCAGGAGAACCACAUGGACGUGGUCCGCUACCUGCUGGAGAACGGAGCCAACCAGAGCACUGCCACGGAGGACGGCUUCACCCCCCUGGCCAUCGCCCUCCAGCAGGGCCACAACCAGGUGGUGUCCAUCCUGCUGGAGCAUGACACCAAGGGCAAGGUCCGCCUGCCGGCGCUGCACAUCGCCGCGCGCAAGGACGACACCAAGUCUGCCGCGCUGCUGCUGCAGAACGACCACAACGCCGACGUGCAGUCCAAGAUGAUGGUCAAUAGGACUACCGAGAGUGGCUUCACACCGCUGCAUAUCGCUGCCCACUAUGGGAACGUGAACGUGGCCACUCUUCUGCUGAACCGGGGGGCAGCGGUGGACUUCACAGCCAGGAACGGCAUCACACCCCUGCAUGUGGCCUCCAAGCGGGGCAACGCCAACAUGGUGCGCCUCCUUCUUGACAGGGGCUCCCAGAUCGACGCUAAAACCAGAGACGGCCUCACACCCCUGCACUGUGCAGCCCGGAGUGGACAUGACCCUGCGGUGGAGCUACUGCUGGAGAGAGGAGCUCCCAUGCUGGCCAGGACCAAGAACGGUCUGUCUCCUCUCCACAUGGCAGCGCAGGGCGACCACGUGGAGUGCGUCAAACACCUCCUGCAGCACCAGGCGCCUGUUGAUGAUGUCACGCUGGACUACCUGACGGCACUGCACGUGGCGGCCCACUGUGGACACUACCGGGUCACCAAGCUGCUGCUGGACAAGAGGGCCAACCCCAACGCCAGGGCGCUGAACGGCUUCACCCCUCUGCACAUAGCGUGUAAGAAGAACAGAGUGAAGGUGAUGGAGCUGCUGGUCAAGUAUGGGGCUUCUAUCCAGGCCAUCACAGAGUCUGGCCUGACUCCCAUCCAUGUAGCAGCCUUCAUGGGUCACCUCAACAUCGUCCUGCUGCUGCUGCAGAACGGAGCCUCACCCGACGUCAGCAACAUACGUGGGGAGACAGCACUCCACAUGGCGGCCAGGGCUGGGCAGGUGGAGGUGGUCAGAUGUCUGCUGAGGAAUGGAGCCAUGGUAGAUGCAAGAGCCAGGGAGGACCAGACUCCCCUCCACAUCGCGUCGCGCCUGGGCAAGACGGAGAUCGUCCAGCUGCUGCUCCAGCACAUGGCCCACCCUGACGCCUCCACCACCAACGGCUACACCCCCCUGCACAUCUCCGCCCGGGAGGGCCAGCUGGAGACGGCCUCGGUGCUGCUGGAGGCCGGGGCCUCACACUCGCUGGCCACCAAGAAAGGGUUCACUCCCCUACAUGUGGCGUCCAAGUACGGAAGCCUGGAUGUGGCCAAACUUCUGCUCCAGCGUCACGCUCCUCCAGACUCUGCUGGCAAGAACGGUCUCACCCCCCUCCACGUGGCCGCGCACUAUGACAACCAGACGGUGGCGCUCCUGCUCAUGGACAAAGGGGCCUCCCCCCACGCCACGGCCAAGAACGGCUACACCCCGCUCCACAUCGCCGCCAAGAAGAACCAGAUGGACAUCGCCACGGUGCUGCUGCAGUACGGCGCCGAGACCAACACCCUGACCAAGCAGGGGGUGACGCCCCUCCACCUGGCCUCCCAAGAGGGCCACGCAGGCGUGGCCGCCCUGCUGCUGGAGAAGGGCGCCCACGUCAACACGCCCACCAAGAGCGGUCUCACCUCCCUCCACCUGGCCGCCCAGGAUGACAGGGUGGCCGCGGCCGAGAUCCUCGCCAAGAACGGCGCCGACCUGGACCACCAGACCAAGUUGGGCUACAGUCCGCUGAUUGUGGCGUGUCACUACGGCAAUGCCAAGAUGGUGAACUUCCUGCUGCAGAACGGCGCCAGCGUCAACGCCAAAACCAAGAAUGGAUACACUCCACUGCACCAGGCUGCCCAGCAAGGGAACACACACAUCAUCAACGUGCUGCUGCAGCAUGGAGCCAAGCCCAACGCCAUCACUGUGAAUGGUAACACUGCUCUGGCCAUCGCCCGUCGCCUGGGUUACAUCUCCGUGGUGGACACCCUGAGGGUCGUCACUGAGGAAAUCAUUACCACGACGACGACGGUGACUGAGAAACACAAGCUGAACGUCCCUGAGACCAUGACUGAGGUGCUGGACGUCUCAGACGAGGAAGGUGACGACACCAUGACUGGGGAUGGAGGGGAGUACCUGAGGGCGGAGGACCUGAGGGAGCUGGGGGACGACUCCCUGCCCGGGCAGUACCUGGACGGCAUGAACUACCUCCGCUACAGCCUGGAGGGGGGGCGCAGCGACAGUUCCGACAGGUCGUUCACGCCCAGUCACCACGGUUACUUCUCCCCCAAACACGGCGGGGGGAUGGAGGAACUGCUGAGCAGCCAGCAGGUUUCGUCCCUGGCCAGGGACAACGAGAGGGACUCAUACCGCCUGAGCUGGGGCACGGAGAACCUGGACAACGUGGCCCUGUCCUCCAGCCCUGUCCACUCUGGCCGCUCCUCUCCGUGCCAUGACCAUGGAGACAGCAGCUUCCUGGUCAGCUUCAUGGUGGACGCCAGGGGCGGAGCCAUGCGGGGCUGCCGCCACAACGGCCUGCGCAUCAUCAUCCCUCCCCGGAAGUGCUCGGCGCCCACGCGGGUCACCUGCCGCCUGGUGAAGAGGCACCGCCUGGCCUCCCUGCCCCCCAUGGUGGAGGGGGAGGGGCUGGCCAGCCGCGUGGUGGAGGGGGGGCCGUCUGGAGCCCAGUUCCUUGGUAAGCUCCACCUCCCCACGGCCCCGCCCCCUCUUAACGAGGGCGAGAGCUUGGUUAGCCGCAUCCUCCAGCUCGGCCCGCCAGGGACUAGAUUCCUCGGGCCUGUGAUCGUGGAGAUCCCCCACUUUGCGGCGCUGCGCGGGCGAGAGCGGGAGCUGGUGAUCCUGAGGAGCGAGACGGGGGAGAGCUGGAAGGAGCACCACUGUGAGCACACCCAGGAGGAGCUCAACCAGAUCCUCAACGGCAUGGACGAAGAACUGGACCCUCCAGAGGAGCUGGAGAGGAAGAGGAUCUGCCGCAUCAUCACCCGCGACUUCCCACAGUACUUUGCGGUGGUGUCUCGCGUCAAGCAGGACAGCAUCCUGAUUGGUCCAGAGGGAGGCAUCCUGAGCAGCACGGUGGUGCCGCAGGUCCAGGCUGUGUUCCCUGAGGGAGCGCUCACCAAGAGGAUCAGGGUGGGCCUGCAGGCUCAACCAAUGAGCAUGGACGUGGUGAGGAAGCACCUGGGCAGCAAGGCCACGUUCAGCCCCAUCGUCACCCUGGAGCCUCGCCGGAGGAAGUUCCACAAGCCCAUCACCAUGACCAUCCCCGUCCCCCAGAGCGGCAGCGAGCCCCCCAGCAACGGCUUCCUGGGGGACACGGCCACGCUGAGGCUGCUCUGCAGCAUCACAGGUGGAACAACGCCAGCCCAAUGGGAAGAUAUUACGGGAACCACACCCCUGACCUUCAUCAACGACUGCGUCUCCUUCACAACCAAUGUGUCAGCCAGGUUCUGGCUGAUCGACUGCAGACAGGUGCAGGAGUCGGUCAGCUUCUCCACGCAGGUGUACCGGGAGAUCAUCUGCGUGCCCUACAUGGCCAAGUUUGUGAUCUUCGCCAAGACGCACGACCCCAUCGAGGCGCGCCUGCGCUGCUUCUGCAUGACGGACGACAAGAUGGACAAGACCCUGGAGCAGCAGGAGAACUUCACUGAGGUGGCGCGCAGCAGAGAUGUGGAGGUGUUGGAAGGAAAACCCAUCUAUGCAGACUGUUUUGGCAACCUGGUCCCUCUCACCAAAAGUGGCCAGCACCAUCUUUUCAGCUUUUUUGCAUUCAAAGAGAAUCGACUGGCUCUCUUUAUCAAAAUCCGAGACAACACUCAGGAGCCGUGCGGCCGCCUGUCCUUCAUGAAGGAGCCGCGCUCCUACAGGAGCCUGGCUCAGAACGCCAUCUGUAACCUCAACAUCACACUGCCAUCCUACUCCAAGGAUUCAGAUUCCGACCUGGAGCCAGAUGAAGAGAUCAGCAAGACACUCGAGAAAUAUGACGAAGACACUGAAACAAUGACGGAGUCAUUUAUCCUGAAAACAAAGUUGAUUCGAGACUCCUCGGCUCUUGCCAGCCCAGACCUCCUCUCCGAAGUGUCGGAGAUGAAACAAGACCUGAUCAAAAUGACUGCCAUUUUGACAACAGACUCUGCAGACAAAUCCAGUUCCAUAAACAGGAGCAGUCUAGACAAAGGGGCUGAGGAGGUGCCUGGAGAGCCACUGGAAAUCAUGGAGAAGGUCAGAGAAGACCUUGCCAAAGUCAGCGAGAUUCUUAGAAGCGGAACAUAUGAGGGUGAGGUGGCAGAGGAGGCAGCGAGAGCGUGUAGAAGGGCUGAAGAAUGGGUCCUUCUUUCGGACUGUGAGAUAGAGGAGGCUAAAAAGAUGUCUGCUUUGGAGAGCCAGGAACCUUUGCUACGUGAAACCAGAGUCAAAAGAGGGGCUCCUCGACCAAAAGCCAUCAAGGACAUAUCUGGCAUGGCCUCACACAUGACUGGCGAACUCAAAGAGUACCUCCUGGAUAUACCUGAUGGCUCCAGUGCUAAAGCUGAGGUCAAGGUCGUCGAAGAUAAAUCCACCGAGGUCAUCCUGCGCAGAGGUGGUAAAAGAGCCAUUCCGACUAAAGUCCAGGACUCCAAACCCCCAGCUUCAAAGCCACAGGAGAGCAAAGGCUCCCCUGCGAAAGCACAGGACAGCAAAAUCCCUGCUGCCAAAACAAAGGCACUGGAAACCAAAGUCCCUGCUGGGGAUGUCAAAAAGCCAGUUAGGAGGAGGGGAAAGGACCAGGGCCAGGCAGAGGAAUCUACAGAGAGUAGCUCGCUCCUAAGUGCCCCCACAGACCCUGCCCCAGUGUCACCAGUAUCCCCAGUAAUUGAGGAAACUCCCAUUGGCUCUAUUAAAGACAAAGUCAAAGCUCUUCAGCAGAAAGUAGAGGCAGAGCAAAAGGGUCGCAAGGUCACGAGCAGCAAACCCUCACAGCUGCCUGUGAUGAACAAAUCCUCUCCAAAGCCCAAAGAAGGUCCCAAAACGAAACAGGGCUCACCCAAGUCCCCCAAAACGGAGGCGGAAAAACUUGAGGAGACUAUGUCGGUAAAAGACCUCAUGAAAGCAUUCCAGACAGGGCAGGAUCCCUCCAAGAGAAAGUCUGGGCUUUUUGAAGUCAAAUCAUCCACCGCUGCAACAUCUGAACAGACAACUGAUGUACGACCCACCAAAUCCAGCAUCAAAGUACCAACCAGCAAGUACUCUGAAAAGGAAAUUUCGCUGGAUGCUACACCUGCACCAACACAUGCUACAGAGGAGCCCCAAGUAGAGGAGGGUGAACAAAGUAGCCCAAGACCUUUGUCAGAUGUAACAGAAACUAUAGACUUUCAGAAUGGCGAUAGCUCUGAUAGUUUAAAGCAUGAAGGUGUGGCAGAAUCUCCAAGUGCCAGUCCAGGUGACGUGACCCCUCACUUGAGCUCUGAGGACAGCUUAAAACACGAGGGCUUAGCUACACCAGGCACCAGCCCAGAGUGUCUACCUCUGUCUCCCAAAAGUGCUUUGCAGCACAUUGCAAAGGCGACAGUUGCUGUCAGGGAUGAAUCGAAAGGCAAGGACAAAUCUGGAGAUUCCGGUUUGGGGACCACUGACGACCAGCCAACCACAGAAAUGACCCUCCCUGUCUCCUCCAGCGAGGCUGCAGAUGACCGCAGUACAAGUGAGUCAAUAUCUGUUAAGAGGGGCGAGUGUAAGCCAACUAAAGCUCGAAAGCUUACGAAAAGAAUCUCAGAGACUUUAGAGAGCUUUUUAAGUGAUGAGGAGAGUCCUGAUGGUCAGCUAGUCCCAUCUUUAGCUGGUGCCCCAGCUUCUAGAUCGUCAACGCUGCAUCAUGGAACCUUAGAGCUGUCUUUAAGACAGCAAGACUCUGAUGCCCUCAGUCCCUUGGCAGAUGACUCUUUGACAAUUAGCCACAGAGACUCUUUAGAGGGCAGUCCCCUCAUGGAAGACAACUCCUCCCAUAGAACCCCAGAUUCCAUCGAGCCCAGCCCCACCAACGAAUCCCCUUGUCGUGACUCCCUAGAGAACAGCCCGGUAGAGCAGAAAGCUCAGCCUGCCUUUAUGCCUCCUCUAGAAAAGCCUGUUGAGCCCUCUAGCCACCCAGAACCCUCCACUGCCUUAGACUUUCCCGCAGAUGCUUUGCGUAGUAGGCUACUCAGAGACCAGGAAGCUAGUGCCGACGAUGACAGUUGCGAGCAGACGUCCCAGAUGGAGAGUUCUGGUAAGAGUCCCCUCUCCCCUGAUACCCCUAGUUCUGAAGAGGUAAGUUAUGAGGUAAACCCUAAAACACCCGACCACAUGUUCCUGUCUGUGCAUUCCAAACCAUCUGCCAUCCCGGAAGAUGAAGAGGAGGACGAGUCAGAGGACAGUGAAGCUCAGAGGAAGUUCACACCAGAGGAGGAGAUGUUUAAGAUGGCAGCCAAAAUUAAAACUUUUGAUGAAAUGGAGCAAGACGCCAGGAGCAAAAAGAACUCUAGGAAAGAUAACAGUGCCUCAGAAUGUCCCGAAGCAGGGGACAAUAGCUUCAAAGCAGUUGAAGUAGAAUCCUCAAGUGAGGUGCCCAGUGAAAGCGGGCUCCCUGGGCCCACAGAGAUCUCAAGGCUAGCUCCUUUUGUUGAACCCCUUAUUAAAGUACAACCUCCCUCUCCUUUUCCAGCAGGUGUGCAUGAAGGAUCCCACCACACAGAGGCCAAGGAUGCAGCAACAACUGCCACAGUUGCAGCAGAGGGAACUCAUUCUGUCUCAGAGCCUCAUGUGUCAAAACACAAAGACAGCGGAACAGAAAUGGCAGUCGCGUCUCCGAGCUCUGAGGGAGCCGCAAACAUAACCGAUGAGCAGAAGGAGGAGAGCUUGAGAAAAUCGAGGGGAAGCAGGGGGGAGGAUGUGGGAGGGAAAGAGGCAGACGUAGGCAGUUUACAGACCGUUGCUGUGAAGGCUCCCUGCCAGGCAGAGAGCAACAUCACAGAUGAAGUGAAAGGAGAUCACAGGAAGCAUACAGAGACGUCUGAGGCUGAACCAGGUACCCCAGUUGUUGUAGGCCAAGCGAGGGACACGUUCAAACCAGAGGUCUGCAUCUACGACGACACCGAGGAUGACGACGAGGAAGUGGAACCUCCCAGGACGGAGUCGAAGGGUGUGACUGCCCGAGCGGAGUCGGACCCCUGGGCCGCCAUGCUGGACGACGACUCUUCCUCUGCCGCCCGUGUCGGAGAGGAGGAGCAGAAGGAGUUCAGCCUGCCGGUGGACAGGCAGUCUCAGGGGCCGACCCCGGACACUACCCCUGGCAGGAGCCCCACCGAGGAGAGCACCCCCACCAGCGAGCCAAACCCCUUCUUGUUCCAAGAGGGGAAGCUCUUUGAGAUGACCAGAAGCGGAGCCAUUGACAUGACCAAAAGGAGCUACGAGGAGGAGGGUUUCGCUUUCUUCCAGAUAGGCGAGCAGCCGUUAGUGGAGGCCCUCUCUGAAGAGGUCCGAGAGGACCCAGGUGAUGGAGGAGCCGCUGAAGAAAGCGAAGUGGGUCUCAACCUGACUCUGGAAAUAAAGCCGGAGGCAGAGGAGAAAUUAUCAACUGAGACCACCGAUUCUCAGAAACAUUGUUCACCAAUAGAGGACAAUCAAACAGCUAGCACAACAGCAGCAGCCUCAACAUCUGAUGCUUCCAAAUCUAGAAUUCCUAGAAUGGGGAUUUCGGCUUCAGCCAAACCCACGAAGAAAGAUCAGACUUCCCCUGAAGCUGUAGAGGUCAAAACAGAUAAAAGCAUUGUAGACGAGAGUCCUUUAGCGGUGGACUCCAGUUCCUCAGACCCCAUGAUAACUAAUGUUGAGACAGCAGUAACAACUGUCACACGAUCUGUUUACUCUGAACAGGACCAAGAGUCCUCUGACUCCUCCCCAGAGGAGCAACAGUCAGUCAUAGAUCUUACUAAAACCACAGGCAAAAACAAAACACCUGCUUCAAGUAGUGAAAAGGGUGUGAAAAAGGCAGUAGCCAAAGCCCCAACGAAGGCUAUCCCUCAAAGUCGGGCUAAAACAGGGACCUCUGCUUCAUCAACCACAUCCCCUUCCUCGGCCACUCCUAAGAAAGAGCCUGAGAUCCCGUCUGUUGAGUCGAAAUCUAGAAUACCUAGAAAAGCUAGCCCUCUCAAGUCUGACCCAUCAGCGAAACGUCCAGAGUCCCAACAUGACAGAAAGCUGAAAGUUCCCAUCAAAAAGGACUCCAGGAGAAAAUCUGAGACAGAUGCAGGUCCCUCUGUAGAACACAAAACCAAGACCACGUCUUCCAAAGCCAAAAGCUUCUGUGAGGGAGAGUCCACCAAGCCUCCUGCUAAAAAGGAUCAGGGUCGUCCCAUGAGCGCUGAAUUCUCCCCCAAGACUAAGGGCUUCCAGUCCAGGCUACCUGUUAGAGGGAAACCUGGUCACCCUGUUCACACAUCAACACCCACCAAAGAGAAAGCGGAAGCACGGAGACAGUCCAUCGAGUUUUUUGAGGAAAUCAGUGACGAAGCCGCCAAAGUGGUGGAGCGAUUGGCUCAGGCCAAGGAAGACAAACAGCAGGAGGAAGCCUCGGCUGCCAUCUCAGACGACGAGAGCAGCAUCAUGGACCUCUCCAUCAUAGAGAGAGAGACUUUCCCGGAAAUGCAGUUUCCUCCGUCAGGAGACGUCUUUCCUAUUAGGCCCCUGUGGGACGACCCUGUUGAGACGCAGAUGCAACGUAUUCCUGACGAUAAAGUCCGAAGUCAAGUAGAUCCACAGGAUGAAGCAGAGAGGAAAGAGGAACGGUUGGCCAUCAUAGCCGACCAUUUGGGCUUCAGUUGGACUGAAUUGGCACGAGAGCUGGAGUUCAAUGAGGAGAGGAUCAAUCUGGUGAGGAUUGAGAACCCCAACUCUCUACAGGACCAAAGUCACGCCCUCCUGAAGCUCUGGACAGAGAGAGAGGGAAUACAAGGCACAGAAACCUCUCUGAUCCAAAAGCUUACCAAGAUCAACCGCAUGGACAUUGUCCACCUCAUCGAAACCAAGAUGAUCAAGUCCACCCAGGAGGAGACCUCAUCGCACACAUAUGCAGAGAUAGAGAAGACCAUCACCCUGGAUCACAGUGAAGGAUUCUCUGCCCUCCACGAGGACAUCGACAGCCCCCGGCCGAGCCGGCGGUCUGACACCACCCCCAAAAGAGGUCCUGUAUCUGGGCAGCAGCCCCCCAUGGUGUUGGAGGAGGACCUCUCCUCCAGUCUGUCUUCGCUCCUUGACACUUCAGGACGGGUGGAGACGGAUGAUUCAGUAACAGGGCUCCUCAGACACACCCAGAAGGAGGCGCUUCAGAAAGGACUGGAGAUGACAAACACAUCACAAAGUGGAUUAGAAAAGGCUGGAGCAGAGUCGGUCUUCAUGGGCCCCCUUAAACAUGAGAUAGCUGAAGAGUUAGGGCUGCUGUCGGAUAGUUCAGAGGAGGAGGUGUUGACCACCAGGGUGGUCCGGCGCAGAGUAAUUAUCCAGGCGGAUGAGCUGCCAGACAUCCCACCACAGACCGUGACUGAGGAGCAGUACACAGAUGAACAUGGCAACAUGGUAGUGAAGAAGAUCACGAGGAAGGUGAUUCGUCAGUAUGUGUCCCCGGACGGCGUGCCGAGGCAGGAUGUGACAAUGGAGGGAUCUCACCAGGAGAUGGUCCAUGUGGAGGAGGGAGACUCCUUCUCCAAGGUGGUGAAGAGGACUGUGGUGCGGAGCGAGGGAGAUCAGACUGAGGUGACCUUCUCGGAGCCCUAUGUGCUGGUGGGCGCUGCCACUGCCUCAGAGUUUGAGGCGGAGCCGGCGCAGGGCCGGAAGGUCAGCAAGGUGGUGAAGACCACAGUGGUCAGGGGCGAGAGGAUGGAGAAGCAGACCGGAGACCGCUCGCUGGCUGCAGAUCUCCCCUCAGCCAGAGAGGACUUUGAGAAGGCGUUGAGUUAUGCUGGAGGCUUUGGGAAAAUCCUCCUGCCUCAUUUAGUAGAAAGAGAGGUUAUCAAGGAUGACGGCUCUGUUGUCAAAAGAACCCAGAUGCGUAGGUCGCGCACCCAGAAGAGGACAGUGGUGAGGGACGCCCAGGGUAAGCAUGUGCACCUGGAGUGUGUGGACGUCCCCCCAAAGGCCAUGCAGCCAGACGCACUUCAGCACCACCUGCACACACUGCUCCAGCGCUACUGUGCUGAGGACCAGCAGGAGGAGGAGGGGGAGGAAGAAGAGGAGCAAGAGUGAUUUGGGUAACUCUUCUUGGCCUCGCUCACCCUGCUUAGUCCUAUACCCUCUGAGGUGAGUUAUUAUAACAGCCAAGCCCAUGACUGAACCCCUGGUUUUAGAAGCCCCGAUCUCAACCCCUCUGAUGCAGACACUGGAUUGUGUUUUGGUUUGGAUUUAUUUUCUUCCCUUUGUGGCAAAUAACGGAACAAUAUUUAUUUUAGUGCUUUAACUUUUCCCCAUUUUUUUCCCCUUUUGACUUUGUUUCAUUUGCUAAUUUUUGUGACCAAAGAUAGUUCCCUUUUUAUUGUCGGGUGACGAAUGAACGUAGAUUGAUUUUGCUCUCCUUUUUUGGGCUGCUGUGGUACAAUACUGAACAAACACAAAGAUCAAUGGAAAACUUAAAAUGGUGGGGGGCUUCACGGACGUUUGCCUCAUGCACGGGCCUCUUCUCAAAGGACGAUUGUAAACAUUUGUAUAUAGAGGAGAAAAACAUACAUGCUCUGAAAAAGACAACAGCAAUUCAAGCAUUUAAUUGAUACAGUACAUUUGCCCUCUGUAACUGCUGUACGUGCACCAAUCAGACUAGAUCUAAUGUCCCCAGGUCGAAAGACAUUGGCCUAUAAGUUUAAUGUUGCUGAGCUUUUGAAAUAUACUGUAAAGAGAUAAUGAAUGCUGUCUUUCAUCAAGGAGUCUUGGAUCACACUGUUUUACAGGCGCAGAAUCAACCAACAAACCGUUAUACCGCUUUUCUGUUUACAAAGUUAGCUCCUGCUGGUGAAGUGUGUGAUGUCUAGUUGUCUUGGCAUGGGCUUUGUAAGCUUUUAGCCCCAAGAACAUGUCUUUUUUUUUUUUAUGUCUGUGUGUUGUGUUUUCACAAUUCCUUCUUAGCGAGACAUCACAAAAGGUCCACGUGUGUAAAUGUGUUAGCUCAUAGCAUCUUCACUGGCGUCAAUAUAACCUGCCAUAUGUUCAAAGAAAUUUGUGAUCAGGAAUGUUCUCCAUUUUGACUGUCUAUUUUGCACUGAACCCUAAGUUCAGUAACUUCUCGCUCUGGUUUUUCCUUCACACAAGUUUGUAAUGCCACUUCACCUCCCUUCCCUGUCCAUGGUACUCUUUUGAUUGUCUUCUAUAGCUUUUAUGAAGCUUGUUAAGAUUGUAAAAAGGUUUAGGAGAAAGAAUGUCUUUGACUUGCUGUUAAUUUUGUUUGUUGUUGGUGUUGAAUGGUAAAUCGUGAUAAUCUAGAAAGAUUGGCGUUACUGAGUUUGAUUAUUAUUUCCUGUCCUUUACAGAUGGCAUCACCUUGGCAUAUUUCAUUUAUUGUAUUAAUGGUCCGUCUGUGCUUAUCUGGCCUGUGUGUGAGAGUGUCUGAGUGUGAAUGUGUGUGAGAGCAGAAGAUGGAUGUUUGCAAAUCAAACUUGACACGGAUGGAAUCUUGGCCUGUCAAACUAUCUUAGGUAUUACUUGCGGUACAGACUAUAUCUGUCAAAAUAUGGUCCUCACCUUGCCAUGUACUUUCUGUGAUCAAAAGCGAGAAUACAACAAAUGUUUAAAAAAAGAAGAAAAAAGUGGAAAAAGUAUAAUUUUGAUUUGAUGAAUCAGCAUCUUGUCUCCAUGGUGAUAACAAUAUUAUACAUAUUUACAGUUUGAAUAUCUAUGCGGGCAUGUAUUCGUUAUCAAAUUAUUAAUACAAUAAAUUGAAACACUAACCAGACAUUGCAGCUGCAGUGUGUACGUUACAGAAAAUAAACAUUUACAUGUGUCAAACGUG